AUGGCUUCCAUCGAUUCUACAGAUUUCCCUACUGAUGGCACAGGUGUCAUUAAGCUUGAUCCGUGGCUGGAACCUCACCGUGAGACAUUAAAGCAUAGGUACAGCUUGGUCAAGAAAUGGGCCGACGAUAUUGAGAAGUCCGAAGGUGGACUUGACAAGUUUAGCAAGGGAUAUGAGUCCUUUGGUAUUCACGCACAGCCAAAUGGCGAGAUCAAUUAUCGCGAAUGGGCGCCCAAUGCGGUCGAGGCGUCCUUGGUGGGAGAUUUCAAUAACUGGGAUACCAACGCCAACCAAAUGACCAAGGAUAACUUCGGUGUGUGGAGUGUGACUGUCCCUUCCAAGGACGAAGCUCCAGCUAUUCCCCAUGCUAGCAAGAUUAAGAUCACAAUGGUUCUCCCCAACGGCGAACGCAUCUACCGAAUCCCAGCAUGGAUCAAGCGCGUCGUUCAAGAUCUUGACGUCUCCCCAACAUACGACGCCGUAUUUUGGAACCCACCUGCCGACCAACUGUACAAGUUCAAGCACACACGGCCCAAGAAGCCCGAGAGCCUGCGAAUCUACGAAGCCCACGUUGGAAUUUCAUCCCCAGAGACACGGGUCACCACCUAUAAAGAGUUCACAGCGAGUAUGCUACCUCGCAUUAAGUAUCUGGGCUACAACGCCAUCCAGCUGAUGGCGAUUAUGGAGCACGCGUACUAUGCCAGCUUCGGCUACCAGGUGAAUAACUUCUUCGCGGCAAGCAGUCGUUACGGGUCUCCUGAAGACCUGAAGGAGCUUAUUGAUACUGCACACAGCUUGGGGCUGGUUGUUCUGCUUGAUGUGGUGCAUAGUCAUGCGUCGAAGAACGUUCUCGAUGGUAUCAACAUGUUCGAUGGAUCUGAUCAUCUCUACUUCCAUGCGGGUGGUAAGGGUCGUCAUGAACUCUGGGAUAGUCGUUUGUUCAACUAUGGUAAUCACGAAGUGCUGCGGUUCCUCUUGAGUAACCUUCGCUUCUGGAUGGAGGAGUACCAGUUUGAUGGAUUCCGUUUCGAUGGAGUGACUAGCAUGCUCUAUCAACACCACGGGAUUGGAACCGGCUUUUCUGGUGGAUAUCAUGAAUACUUCGGACCAUCCGUCGACGACGAGGGUGUCACAUAUCUCACUCUCGCCAAUGAAAUGCUGCACAAACUCUACCCCGACUGCAUCACCGUAGCGGAAGAUGUCUCCGGCAUGCCAGCACUCUGUCUUCCGCAUGCACUCGGCGGUGUUGGCUUCGACUACCGACUCGCAAUGGCCAUCCCCGACAUGUACAUCAAGCUUCUGAAAGAGAAGAAGGACGAUGAGUGGGAUAUCGGUAACCUAUCACACACAUUGGUCAACCGACGUCACGGUGAGAAGACAAUCGCCUAUGCUGAGAGUCACGACCAAGCUCUGGUCGGUGACAAAACCCUCAUGAUGUGGCUCUGCGACAAAGAAAUGUACACCAACAUGUCCGUACUCACCGAGUUCACACCCAUCAUCGAGCGUGGCAUGGCAAUGCACAAGAUGAUCCGUCUAGUAACCCACGCUCUUGGAGGCGAGGGAUACCUCAACUUCGAAGGUAACGAAUUCGGACAUCCAGAAUGGCUUGAUUUCCCACGAGCAGGAAACAAUAAUUCAUUCUGGUACGCUCGUCGCCAGCUCAACCUAACCGAAGACGAACUCCUUCGGUACAAAUUCCUUAACGAGUUUGAUCGUGGUAUGCAGCUUACAGAGGAGAAGUAUGGCUGGUUACAUGCUGCACAGGCAUAUAUCAGUCUCAAGCAUGAGGGUGAUAAGGUGCUUGUCUUUGAGCGUGCGGGAUUACUUUGGAUCUUUAAUUUCCAUCCUACCAAUUCGUUCACGGAUUAUCGGGUUGGUGUUGAUGUUCCUGGUACUUACCGUAUUGUGCUCGAUACAGAUGAUAAGGAGUUUGGAGGACUGGGAAGAAAUGUUAAGGAUACGAGGUUCUUUACGACUGAUAUGCCUUGGAAUGGAAGAGCCAACUUCACCCAGGUUUAUAUUCCUACUAGGACUGCUUUGGUCCUGGCUUUGGAAUCCACCUUGUAA